AUGCUUGAUAACUAUCUACCAAGUUUUGGGUUUGGCUUGGGGUUUCAUGCCGCACUAGGAGGAAGCUGGGUAGAGCGUUAUAGACUGGGCAUCGGACCAUGGAUAAGGGUGGAUGAGACGACUUUAGAAACAUUCAAAUUGGAUAAGUUCCUCUUGCACCGACGUAUUGGCAGCCGAAUGAAGGGACUGGGAAGCAGCAAAGAAGUGCCGAUGACGGAUGUGAUCACACGGCACGUUAAACAAGUGGCAGACUUCAACAAGGCUCUGGAAAAACGAAAGCUUUGGAGGGAAAGAGAGAAAGAAUUGAAGGCGAAGCACAGUGACACAUGGGGUAUCUUGCAGUCUGAAGAUAGGCGACCAGGCCGUAGCGAACGGUCUGUGGUUGUCUCCAGCAGCGCGAAGAGAGUGCUAGAUUCUUUAGAUGCUGGGGAUGUUGACAAGGAAGUGGUGGAGCGUGUCAAGGAGAAAGUUGCAAGGAAGUUUGGUUCCUUCGACGCCCAUGCGGCCAUGAGGCAGAAGAUUGCGAAGGAGAAAGAAGAACGCCAGUUACAGCUGCAGAACGUCGCGUCAGACGCGUGGGUGCCUGAUCGUUUCUACACAGAAGAGUUGAAACAGCAAACGCCGUGGCUGAAUCCCCUCGAGUUCCUUAGCGAGCUUCAGCCCACGGCGAAAGAAGGGAGCCUGACACCAGUGGCUUCUGAUAGCGAUAGUGAGUCACCUAAGAAGCGGAAGAAGCUGAAGAAGAAGAAAGAUCGAAAGAAGCACAAAAAGCACAAGAAGCGCAAAAAGGAAUGA